UUAUUAGCGCUUUAUACAAAUAAAAUUGAAUAUUAAAUUUUAUAAAGAUUAUUAGGAAAAUCUAAAAAUUUUUAAAAUAAAAAUUCAUAGAUCCACUCAUUCAUCAAUAAAAUAUAAAGCUAAUUAAUGAGUCAAGCAUAGAAAAAUUUAAAAUUAAAAAUAUUACAAAAAUCAUUUUAGGUUAAAAAUAGUGGCUAUAUAGCUUAGCAAUACUGUAGAGCCGAUGAUAAAAGAUUAGGAGCAGGAGGAUUUGGAGAGAUUUUUAGGAUAGUUGAAAAAACAUAAAAUCAAGAUUAAUCUAAAAUGUAAUGUUUAAAAAAAGUUAGCUAGUAAGAUAGGUCUUAAGCUUUAAACGAAAUAAACUCUCUUAAGAUAUUAUCACACCCAAAUAUCUUGAAAUUUUAUGAGUACUUUGAAAACCAAAAGAAUAUCUUUUUAGUUUUGGAGUAUAUUGAAGGACUUGAUAUGAUUGAUUUCAUCCAAAAAGACAGCACAUCUAUUUCAGAAAAAGUUGCAGCUACGAUUAUGAAACAACUUUUAGAAGCUUUAGCUUACACUCAUGAUAAGAAAAUAGUUCAUCGCGAUAUUAAAUGUGAAAAUAUUAUGAUAAUCAAAUAAGGUGAAACAUAAAAAUCUGAAAAUUCAAGUUAAGAAAAUAGCAAUUAGAAUGCUUAAAAUGAGUAGAAUUUUAAAGUUAAACUUAUUGAUUGGGGUUUUUCAUAUAAUUUAGGACUGAUGAAUUAAGAAUAUAUUGAAAGCAAAUCUCUUAUGGGCACUUACUACUAUAUAUCUCCAGAGUAAAUUUAAAAGUAAAAAUAUAAUUCAAAAUGCGAUAUAUGGGCUGCAGGAGUAGUUAUGUAUUGCUUGCUAAAUAAGCAAUUCCCUUUUUUCAGUAACUUAAAGUUUUAAGAUAGAUUUAUGGAAUAUUAGCAAGUUUCACUCUCUUAAUUUCAUAGGAAUAUGCAAUUAGCAGAUACACAGAGCUAAAAUGAAAAUGAAUGUUCUGCUGCUAUAUAAAUUAGUGCACAGACUAUAUCUGGUUCAACUUCAGAAUAAAACUAAAAUAAUCAAUAAAAUUAGCAUUCAAAUUCAUAGUCCACUGUUAAUCAGACUUAAGCUGAAUAAAAAGACUAGAAACCAAAAUUGACUAAAUCAUAAAUGCUAAAUAUUUUACAUCAAGCGAAAAUUAAAUUUGAAAAUGAAAAAUCUGAGGAUAUUUUCGAUAAAAUUUUAAAUGAGGAACCUAGCUAUGAUGACAACAUAUUAAGUGGAGAAGCAAUUGAUUUAUUAAGGAAAAUGCUCAAUAAAAACUAAUCAUAAAGACCAUCAGCUAAGGAUCUGUUGAGACACCCAUGGUUUUAGAAUAGCUACAAUAUGAAUGUGGAAAAUGAAAAAAUAAAAGAAAAUCUGUAAAAGUUAAAAAAUUUUACUUACGAAAAUGAAUUUUAAAUGGCCGUUUGGAUGUAUAUAUCUUCUCAUUUAGUAGAAGAUAAUGAAAAAAAGGAGUUGGAAUUGAUAUUUAAAAAGUUAGAUAAAGACAACAGUGGAACUCUUAGUAAAGAAGAGAUCAAACAAGGAUUCGAAGAAAUGGAAGUUGAGCUAAACUAAUAAGACUUGGAUCAAAUUUUUGAUCAAAUAGAUACUGACAAAAAUGGAUUCAUUGAUUACAAUGAAUUUCUUGCCAGCACUAUAAGUCAUGAACUCAUAUCCAAUUAAAAUUACUUGAAAAAAGUAUUCAAAUUGAUUGAUCUCGAUAAGAAUGGAAGUAUUUCACUUAAUGAACUCAAAAAUAUAUUAGGGUCUCCUGACUAAAGAGUAAAUGCAGCAUAUCAAAGUGUAUUCGAAGAUAUUUUUUCAUAGAUAGACAUAAACAGUGAUGGUGAAAUAUCGUUCGAAGAGUUUGAAAAACUAAUUACCUCACAUAUAUGCUAACAAUCAAAAUCUACAUCAAGUUAACAGCAAUAAACUGAUAAUUAAUAAAUAUAAAAGAAAGAUCCAAGUGAUAUAGAAUUAUAAAAUAGUUAAAAUUAAGAAGAAAAAUCAAAUUUGGCAAUCUGA